AUGGGCAGAUGCUGCAAAUGCAACGGGAGACUGCUCUGCAUGUGCCUGCUGCCUUGCAUGAUGACCGGCCACCUUCUGGUUUAUAUCAUGGUGUCCAUAUUCGUCACCAUCUCCUACACUCCUCCAAAAAUAACCACUCACUUCAUUGCCUCUGGGAUUUCUACGAACUCCUCUAACCUAGCCUCUCACCCAGUUGGCCCUUUCUGGAACCUUCGUCUGGAGGACAGUGCACUGUGGAACCGGUUGCAGCAUGCUUGGGAUCGUCAGCACAACCCAAUACUGCGAGGGAACACAACUUGGAUCACGGGAGAGCGGAAAGUUAAGCUUUUAUCAGAAAUCGAAGAUGAAUGCUCUUCUGACUGCAUAUCACACAAGUGUUCACUCCCUCGUAUGCAUGAUUUCAACAGCUUGCCAGAUCAAAUGAGGGCAUUUAUAAUGGCAAUGCACUGCAGGGAGUACCCUCUCCUUAUCAAUCAACCCGGUAUAUGUAAGAGGAACAGGAGUAGCUUUGGUUUUGAUUCUCCCAUGCUCCUCAUGGCCAUCAAAUCCCAAGUGGGGAACUUUGAAAACAGGCAGGCCAUCCGUGAAACCUGGGGACGCAGUGGUCUUGUGGAGGGGGAAUCAAACAAGAAGGGCGGAUUAGUGCGCACAGUGUUUCUCCUCGGAAGGCAGGACUCAAGUACAGGUCCUCACCCAGACCUGAAAAACCUCCUGGAGCUCGAGAACAAGAAAUACGGGGACAUCCUGCAUUGGGAUUUCAGAGACACCUUCUUCAACUUGACCCUAAAGGACCUGCUGUUCUGGCAUUGGCUCCAGGAAUACUGCCCCACGGCCAUGUUCGUGUUCAAAGGGGAUGACGAUGUCUUUGUUCGAACGGGUGCCCUUCUGGAUUACCUGCAAAAGCAGUGGGACGAGCACAACCUGGUGAAAGCCAUUACAAAUAAAACAGACCUGGAUUUGUUUGUGGGGCAAGUCAUCUAUAACGCGAUGCCAAACCGUGAGCCAUCAACUAAAUAUUACAUACCGGAUCGCUUCUACAAAGGCGGGUACCCAUCGUACGCCGGCGGAGGAGGGGUGGUGUAUUCUGGAUCACUUGCAUUGCGAUUGAAAGAGGUGUCUGAGAAGGUGCGCCUUUUCCCAAUUGACGAUGUGUAUCUGGGCAUGUGCUUGCACAGACUUGGGCUCUCCCCAAGCCACCACCCGGGCUUUUUAACAUUUGACCUCCCAGAAUCAGACAGGGGAAGUCCAUGCGCUUACAGAUCUGUUCUGCUCGUGCACAGACGGCGUCCCAAGGAGAUUCUGACAUUAUGGAAGCAGCUGCAGAGUCUGCCCGGUCACUGCUGA